AUGAAGGUCAAGCCGAAACAUACACUGGAAAUAUUAGAUGAAAAAGGUUUUCCUGUUCCUAAAAAACAGCAAUUAUCGAAUUAUUUGACAUCGUCCAGAGAAAAGUUGCUACAAGUUGAUACAUCAAUUAUACCUGAUGAUGAUAAACCUUGGGUACUAAAAUAUCAUGUUGAAUGUGAAGAUGAAACUGAUGACGAUGAUGAAAAUGAGAUUGACGAUAGUGAUGAUGAUAGGAAUAAAUUUCAAUUCUUUGUUGCAAUUGAUCUGCGAGGGUUUCCUUGUCUUAUCAUUGGGACCACAGAUAUGAUCAAACAGUUUCACCGAUACGGAUUCGCUGUUUGUACAAAUGAAAAAGAGAAAGAUUUUAAAUUUACAUUUAUAUAUAUUCGUGAUGGUCUACGUGAUUCGAACCUGCAAAUGGAUGAACAAAAUCUAGUACUAAUUGCAGAUGGUUCUGAAGCUAUCAGAAAUGCAUUUUCAAAAGUAUUUGGAACAGAUCGUAGUAUUGUUAUAUGCUGGGCUCAUAUGCGAAAACGCGUAGAAAAACAGUUAUGUUUAGUAGAAGAUAAAAAUUUACAUACUGAAAUUAUGGAUGACGUUGAUACAUUACAACUGUCGAAAGAUAAAAAAACAUUUGAAAUUGCUACAAAACUAUUCUUAAAAAGGUGGAAAAACCAAGAACAAUUUAUUCAUUAUUUCUCAAGUGAGUGGUUAGAAUCAAAAAACGGUUGGUAUGAAGGCUUAGAAGUUUCAAGUACAAAUAAUGCUCUAGAAGCAACAAAUCGUGCCAUAAAAGAUGAAGAUACCCUAAGAGAACGAUUGGUUUUAGCAAGAUUUACAGCUGUUCUAUUUUUAAUUGUCAAUAAGUGGUCCGGAGAACGAAAUCCUGCUGGGAAAGAUUUCGUUCAAGAAAGAGAAGAUCGUGUUAAGUACAUUUGUCCUUAG